AUGGCCGGUCCUACUCAAAUAUUCGUGAUCAUCAACGAAGGUGCCGUCACUCUAUUUCCCGAAAUCGCCAUUUAUACUCAAGAGAUCUACAGUCGAAGAGACGCGAGCACCAUAGCUAUUCACCAGUAUUCUGCAAUGAAGAAACACUUGACAUCGGCUCUUACAACGGCCAGUCCCCAUUCUCCAGCUUUCCCAGAUCGUGCUUUCUUCCAGGCGAUCCACACUUUGGACACCUACCGUUUUGUGGAAUGGGACACUACCAUAGAGGACACCAACGUUGCGUUUACACCCGCAAGUAAGUCGAGAUUUUUCAUCACCUACAAGGAUCAGGACGAUUUGUAUCGCUCGUUCAAAGAAAAUUUGAAGGAGCUUGGCAUUCCACCUGAAACUGUCUAUCAUCUCGACUAUGACGGCACUCAUGAGGAGAUCAACAGCGCAGAAAAACUUUCUAAUGCUUUGACCAAUGACGAAAUGCCACUCUAUAUGAUUCUCCCAGACAUUCCUGGCAUAAGGGACGAACGAAUGAGCCGAGUCACUGCCGCGAUCGAUUCGAUAAAUCGGAUCGUUGCAGAAGGAGACACUGCUCGACGACUGGACAUAUUCCUUGUUCACAUUCCAACUGCGGUACCAGUAACGUGGACUGUUUUUGCUUAUGCCAUCAGCGACCUCCAGGAUACCACAAUGGGCCAAUGUUCUACCACUGUUCCUAUUACGGUCUUCCUUUCAAUCCGUUUCAUUUCCACAUGGGACCACAUUUCUGAUAUUUGGUUACUGGAAGGGUCGAUGUUAGAGGAAUUGAUUGAAUGUUAG